GUUGCACGUUGUGCCGACGUUUUUCGUGUGACAGCCGCGCGUUUUUGCCGACGCGUUUUUAGCCGCGAGUUUAGUACGCCAUACUGCAAUAGAUAUAGCCAGGAUAUGCUAAGUGGCCAAGGGAGAACCACCUGAAGAUGCCGCAAAGAACUCCCAGUCCCGCUAAUUCCGAGAUUUCGGUGGGUUCGCCCAGUCCGCCGCCCAUGAGAUCCUUGAACAUGAAGCGUUUGCGGCUUUUGAGGAGUCCUGUGAACCUAGCAGAUGGCCGUCAAAGAUCGUCGCCCGUCAGGAUCAAAAGCUUUUCCAUAGCCGAUAUCCUGGGACGUGGAAACGAAGAGGGUGGUGAGGAGAAGAAACCGGAGAGGAGUGCGGUACCCAGUGUUCCCGUACCAGGAGUUUCUGCCCCUCUCGUUCUGAUAAACGAAAGAUUGCAGAUGCCCCUGGUGCAGAUGCAGAAUUGUCCACCUCCACCGCCGGCUGCACUGCAUCCGUUUCUGUCGCCCGCCCUGCUCCACAGCUACGAGCAGCGACUGGCCUGGGACUAUCAGCGCCAACUGCAGGAGCACUUCCAGGCCCAGGCGCACCUCCUCCGCCACAUGACCUUGAAUCCCGCCAUCAUCGCCUCCGAGGACGGCAGCUCCGAGCGUUCCCAGCGAUCCAGCAGCAGCAAUGGCAGCACCGACUGCUGCACUCCCAGGCAGGCGGAAAAGCUGGAAAAGCUAAACACCCCAGAGGGCGGCGAAGGAGCAGCGAAAAAGUCGGAGGCGGAACAGCCAACGGGGGCGAGAAAAUCAAAUGGGGACACUCCUCUGGACGCCCUCUUCCAGCUGUCCACCAAAAACUUUGACGAGGAACAAGAUCCCGCCACGUUGAACAUAUUUGCCACGCGAUCGAAUCCAAAGAAGAAGCGCAAGUCCCGCACCGCCUUCUCCAAUCAGCAGAUCUUCGAGCUGGAGAAGCGCUUCCUGUACCAAAAAUAUCUAUCGCCAGCGGAUCGCGAUGAAAUCGCCGGCGGCUUGGGCCUCUCCAAUGCACAGGUCAUCACAUGGUUCCAAAAUCGAAGGGCCAAACUCAAGCGGGACAUGGAGGAGCUGAAGAAGGACGUGCAAUGCGAGAAAUUACCCGACCAGUCAGCAGAACCCAAUCGCUCGCACCACCAUCAUCAUCAUCAGCCUCAGCAUCACCACCCCCACAUGCAGAGCUUCGGAGCGGAUAAGGAUAAGGAUCGGGAGAAGGACAAGGACAAGGAUAAGGAGGAGCUGCGGAUGCUGAAGCUAAUGACCCUGAUGCGGUAUUCGGAUGGCAAGUUGCUAUAUACGCAACCACCGCCAACCUAUUUGCCUCCUCUCCAAAGGCAAAACAGUGAUUAGAAUAAUUUGUA